AGGCGCAAAGCACAGCAAAUUUACACAAGUUGAGAAAAGCAUUUAGAAAAGCAAGAAGGAAAAUGGCGGAGACGUUGCCGACGCUGUCACCGUCGGAGCAAGGGGAGCAGGUGAAUAUGAAUGUUGAUAAUGACCAGAAAGAUAGCCAACAGGGGGCGGGAGCAUCAGCAUCUUCCAAUUCCAAUGCCAACAUGGCAUUGGCAGCAACGAUGGCGGAGGAUCUGCAGCGUACGGUGAUGGAAUCCACGGACUCCGCCGUCCGCUCAGCUCGGUAUAUCCAACAUCACUUGCCCCAGUAUAUCGGCAAAGCCGUCGACAAUUACAGGAUCUACGAGCAUGCUUUCUUCACCAAGAUCAAAGAAGGGUUGACGAGUGCAAUAGAAAACCCAGCACCAACGCUUGGAAUUGGUCUCACUGCCGCCUUCCUUGUUUUGCCAGGUCCAAGAAGGUUCCUCUUUCGCCAGACAUUUCGUCGACUUCAGAGCGAGGAGGCACAAUUUCUUAGCGCUGAAAAGAGUGUAAAGGAGUUGAACCUUUCAGUUGAUUUGAUGAAGAAGGAGAGCAAGAAACUUCUUGAAAGGGCACUUCUUGCUGAAAAGGAUAUGACAUAUGGCCAUACUGAUCUCAUGGAUGUCGGAAGACAAAUCCAACACCUAUGUAAAUCUGCUCAUAAGGUUGAAUCUCAAGCUUCAGAUUUAAUGGAUGGGCUGCGAGAAAUUCCUAAUAGGGAGGCUUUGAAGCUUAGAGCAGAGGUUGCAUCAAUGACAUCGAUCUUGAAACGUCAGAGGUCUGUGCUGGACAAACACAUAAUGAAGAUUUCAGAAUUAGGACUCCCAGUGUGACCACUACCAGAGACUGAAAGGCUAUUUAUCCGGGAACUUUGAUAUCUGAUUCUGAGAUAGAGGGUGCAAUAUGCGCCCCCUUUUGUUUCGUCGACUCUAUUGGCAUACAACCAGCACUACUAUUUUGUAAUCUCGCAACCGGUAAUCCUGUUUUGUAAGAGUGCACCCGUGCAAUUCUGUUUUGUAAUAAAAAGGUUGUAAUUCCAGCAGGGGCCAUCAAUUUUCCCUUCGCUUGCA